CGUUUGUACUAAAGUUCACCUAGAAUUUAUCCAGUGGCAGAGAACAACACACAGAAUUUAAAAGUAACAAUUCUAUAGAAAAGAAAAAUUGUAUCGCAAUGCCACAUGCUUUGCCCAACAAGCUCCUGCCAUGCACUGAAACCUUUGUGUCUGCAAGUACAUUUCGAUACGCUUAACUACACAAUCCCAGAGAAACAAAGAUAAGCUCGAGACCUUCGCAGGCGGUUACCUGAUACAUAACAAGCUCAAACUCCCAUCCUAUCGCCACUUGUCCUCGCCAUGCUCAUCUUCCUUGUCACUUUGCCACCAAUAGUCUCUGUUAUAACUUGACCUAGCUAGCUUCUAUCUUUCUCAGCUUUCUCUACAACAAAACCUAAACUCAAAGAACAAAAUGUCGUCCGGUGAUGAAGCUGGUGACAUCAACGUGCCGGAAAAAGAGUACGAUGAGCUCAAACAAAGCGAGGAUCCGGUUACUUCAACCUUCAAGCUCGGCCCCCAAAAGGGCCAAAACCUCAAAACUGUCCACAAAUAUAAUUCCAUUCCCUUUUGGCAGCUCAACUGCCUCAUGGUCAUGGUAGUCCUCUCGGCCAGUGGCUUGGUAGGCCCUGAAGACCUGGUUUUUGUUCUCUUCUCAAUAAUUUACCUCUUCUUCCUCUCGAAAUUCGCUUUCCCAAAGCUCACUGAUCCUUCGGAAGAGCCCCCGGUGUUCGACCCCGAAAGCUAUCUAGUUCGGCUUGGCCCUCUCUUUGGUGGCUUCAUAGGCAUUGUGCUCCCCCUUGCGUACAUUUUUGAAGGGUUCAUAGAGGGAGACAAAGAAGGAAUCAGGACGGCCGCGCCGCAUGUUUUCCUUCUUGCGAGCCAAGUCUUCAUGGAUGGAGUGGCUUUCAGUGACAGGUUUUCGACUCCAAUUAGGGUUUUUGUGCCGGUUUUCUAUAAUGCCAAGAGGAUUUUUACCCUUGUGGAUUGGGUUAAGAUAGAGUUUUCGAAAGCUGAUGGUCAAGAGUAUGGUGGAUCUGCAAGUGAGAGGAGACUCUUUCUUGGGAGAGUACUCGCUAUAGUUAACUUGGUGUUUUGGUCCUACGAUCUCUUCUUCUUCUUGUUGCCUGUUUAUCUUCCUAGAGCUUUCAGGAAAUAUUAUGCUGCAGCAAAAGCAGAUUGA